UCUGGGUAGGAGGCAAAAUUCGAACAGUUUAUCGAUUUCAAGGUUGUUAAGAUUUUUCCACGAUCGACGCUUCUAAACAUUGUCCUAAAUGGGUACAAAGAGAAAACGAGGGCAAACUAAGCAAAAUAGGAGCUCUACAAAUUCACGGAAACAGAAAAAGAAGAGAAAAACUCGCAGAAAAGGAUUUAAACAAGCAAAACUUACAAAUGAAGUCGAUUCGUUGCAUAUCGAGCCAUCGACCUCGACGGACUGCAAAUUGUCCACACCUGCUACUCGUGAGAGAUCUGAGUCUUCUUGCUGUGCAAUCACUUGUGCUUCAGCUGAUGAAAGUGUGCAGAGAUCAAGCCUCUGGAGAAUAGGUGUCAUCUUGAAUCGCCUAAAAAACUUGGCCUCUUUUUGUCAACACUCCACCGUAGAUUGGUGUUUCAGUUCAAUCAGAAGUGUGUAUCUUAUUUUAAACUGGCUUAAACAAACGUUUGGUUUUGGAAUACAAACACUAGGAAAGUUUCUUCUAGGAGAUAAAGAUUAUCCAGUGUUGUUGGACAGGAAAACCCAACUUGACAUGAUGGUUAGAAGAAUGGAAGCUUUAGAGGAGGAGGUUAAUCAAAUGAAAUCAGAACUUGCUAAGAAGACAACUUGUCCUUGUGGAGAUCACUGCAAUGGAUCUAUAUCAAGAGUUUGAUCAGUACCAGUACCUAAAGGUCUUCCUCCCCCACCUCCCCCUGUUCAACCUCCACCAGCUCCUCCCUUAGCUUUUCUCAAG